AGCGCCUUCCAUGCCUCCCCACUUGACCUAGGAUGUUGUGGACUCUGAGUGUCAAGGGAGGUUGCCUGCCUCUCUGGAGAAGGAUGGCUGUGUGGUCCCUGUGGAUUCUGCUUCUCUGGACAGCAUCACUUCCUGUUGCGGUUACUGAUGCCCAAGUGCUGGGCCAGGUGGGGGGCUCAGUGCUGCUGGUGGCAGAGCACCACCCUGGCUUCCAAGUUCGAGAGGCCAUCUGGAGAUCUCUCUGGCCUUCAGAAGAGCUCCUGGCCACGUCUUUCCGGGGCUCCCUGGAGACUCUGUACCACUCCCGCUUCCUGGGCCGAACCCAGCUGCACAGCAACCUGAGCCUGGAGCUCCGGCCACUAAAGUCUGGAGACAGCGGCAACUUCUCUGUGUUGCUAGUGAACACUGAAGGUCGGGCCUGGAUCCAGAUCCUGCAGCUCAAGGUGUAUGAUGCAGUACCCAGGCCCAUGGUACAAGUGUUCAUCGCUAUAUCUGGGGAUGCUCAGCCCCCCAAGACUUGCCAGGCAUUCCUGUCCUGUUGGGUCCCCAACAUCACUGACAUAACCUAUAGCUGGCGACAGGAAGGGACCGUUGACUUUGGUAUCAAGUCACAUGGCCUCUUCACGGAUGGACAGGUGUUGAGGGUUUCCCUGGGACCAGGAGACAAGGGCACGGCCUAUUCCUGCAUUGUCUCCAACCCUGUGAGCUGGAACUCGACUAUAGUCACCCCCUGGGAGAGCUGCCACCAUGAGGCUGCACCAGGGAAGGCCUCCUACAAAGAUGUGCUGCUGGUGGUGGUGCCUGUCUCGCUGCUGCUGAUCCUGGCUGGUCUCCUCUCUGCCUGGCACUGGGGCCCCUGCUCAGGGAAAAAGAAGAAGGAUGGCUGUGCUAACGGAGUGGUCCCAGAGACAGAGACCCCCCUCGUGUAGUGUCUGUCAUGAGGGAGCAGACAAACUGACACUGGAUCCUGAGGAACCGCACUGCGCAGGCGCACGAUGGUCUGGGACGCGGUUGGUACCUGGAAACGACCAUGUUCCUCGUAGCUCCUGUGAGACUCCGUUCCACUUUCCAGGAGCAGCCUGGGCAGCCGUCACACUGGGAGGACAGAAAACACUGGCCUGACCUUCCAUACCCUGCCCUUGCCCUCUCCCCUUGUUUCAGGUCCUGGCUUCAGUCUGGGCAAGAUGGGCCUAAGAGGAAAUUCCCUAAAGGACUCUGGACAUUCUCCAGGACCCACGGGGACAGUGACGGUCCAGGGCAUUCACUUCCCUCCACUGUUCAGGAAGUAUUGUUAUGGACUGAAUUUUUCCCCUCAAAAUUCACAUGUUAAAGUCCUAACUAACCUCAGUAUCUCAGAAUAUGACUGUUUGGAGAU